AUGAUGGUGCUCCCUCUUCUGCUCCUGUUCUGGCUCGUGACGUUGGUGAAGGCACAGCAUAUGGGCGGGCAAAAGGAGGACAAAAAAGUCGAUUUGCAAUGGACGAAGUGCAGGAGAGGUGCUGGCGGCAAACCGAUCUGUAAGACGAUGUCGUCGCCCCUCGUCAUUGACUUCAACUGGCGCUGGCUUCACAAAAAAUCUGGAACAUUCCAAAACUGUUACCUUGGUAACAAAUGGAUUCAAGACGUCUGUGGCGUGAACGAUAACACCAAUAGGUGCACCGAUGCGUGCGUGGGCGAGGGCGGCGUGUACGACACCGAAUACGGUGUCCGAACGGAUGGCGAUGAGCUCACGAUCCGCUUAGUCACCCAAAAUGGUGGAAAUACCAACGUCGGCGCGAGGCUGAUGAUGCUGGAUGGGACAGGAUCGAGGUACCUACAGCAUAUGUUGCUCGAUCAAGAGGUCACAUUCGACAUCGACGUCAGCACAUCGACGUCAGCACACAUGGACGCCGAUGGAGGCGCCAAAGCGUACAAGUCGGCGGGCGCGAGUGCGGGUUUGGGCUACGCAGACGGCCAAUGCGCCCGGGAUCUCAAGUUCAUCAACGGAAAGGCGAACAACUACCAGUGGGUGCCAUCGACAACAGACCGCAAUGCUGGUGUGGGCCAUUAUGGCUCUUGUGGCAGCGAAGUCGAUGUGUGGGAGGGCAACUCGGCGGCAAAUGCCUUUACGCUUCAUCCAUGCAGGUCUCCUAAGCAGGAAAGAUGCGAAGGGGAAGAAUGCGGCGGCACCUACUCCAAGAAGCGGUUCGGAAAGUACUGCGACGCCAACGGGUGCGACCUCAAUACGUACAGGCUCGGCAAUCAAAGGUUCUUCGGAUAUGGCAAGGGGUUCGAGGUCGACACUAAAAAAGAGAAGUUGGAGAAGCGCGCCGUCUACAGCCACAAUCCUCCAGUUCAAGGCGGGACGCUGACCGAGGUGCGCCGCAUCUACAGGCAGAACGGCAAAGUUAUUCGCAACCCCACUUCGAAAAUUCCUCGCAUAGUAGGCAACUCGCUGACGCAAGAGUACUGCGAUCAGACAAAGAAGGUCUUUGAAGAGUCAAACUAUUUCAAUACCUUUAAAGGAUUUGAGGGCAUGACAGAAGCGAUGAAGAAUGGCAUGACGCUCGUCUUCAGCUUUUGGGAUGAUCACUAUGCCCAAGGACGUUGGCUCGACAGCAUAUAUUCGCCGCACGAGCAGGGACAACGCGUCUUCCGUCGCCCGAACGCUCCAGGCGCAGUGAGGGGGCCCUGUCGUGCAUCCUCGGGUGUGCCAGCCGAACUCGAAAAGAAAUAUCCGGAUGCUACGUUCAAGAUCUCCAACAUCCGCAUCGGCGACAUUGGCUCGACGACGGACGGAGCUCGAAGACGCAAGACACUUGCCCACCGGACAUAA